GCACUUCUGGAAAGCUUGCGGGGAAUCACUCCAGAUGAUCACCCUUGCGCAGAGGGCCAGCUCCGACAAUUGGCGCAUGACGUUGUCCAGGAAGUGCCGCAAGACGAGCGGCUAGACCAGGAGGCCAUGUUUGAGCUGGAGCAGGAAAUCUACGAGGAGCUGCUGCGCGCCAAGGUGCAGCGAGCACAGGAUGAGGCGCAGCACUUGCAGCAAUUAGAAGACGUGCAGAACGAAGAGGACUGCGCACUGUUUGAGCAGCAUCUCCUUCCCGGAGUUCAUUGUCCUUUGUGUGGCGAUGGGCGGUUGCAGAAUGAUGCAGGCGAAUUGCGCUGCUCGGAUUGCGAGGAAAUGCAUGUGACGCUGAUGGACGAGCUCUUGUCCUUGGACGACAUUUUCGAGCAGUUGGGGGAUGCGGAG